AGUACUUUUUUAUUUAUUUUUUUAAAUGACUAUGGUGAGACACAAACUGAUUUGAUUAUGGUGGGACCCACCUGGGGGAGUAGUAUUCCACAUUCUAUGAACAUUCUCACUUUUGAAUGCUCAUGCUAAGAGUAUUGACUGGGGAGUAUAUUCCACAUUCUACAAACUUUCUCACUUUUGAAUGCUCAUGGUAAGAAUAUUGACUUCAUGUCUUCAUCAAUUAUUAAUCUGCAACUUCACGUAUUUUAUAGUCAAAGUUUGAACUCCUUUGCUCAUCAUUCAACCCUCCAAGUCCUCUCUCUAAAUCUCUCUCUAUCUCUCUCAGCCAUGAUCAUGGGAACCUAUACUAGCAUGAUUCUUGCUCUGAUCAUCCUAUGUUUGAGCAACAACAAAUUUUUGUCCCAUGCAGCUGACACCCUUUCACCAAACCAAACUCUCUCCGGUGAUCAAACCAUCGUUUCCUCGGGUGGCAAAUUCGAGCUCGGAUUUUUCUCUCCAGGUAAAUCUUCCAAGUACUACAUAGGAAUAUGGUACAGAAAUAUCACUGAGAAAGAGAAAACUGUGAUCUGGGUUGCAAAUAGAGAAGCUCCCAUUUCAGAAAAGCACUCCGCCCUACUCAAGUUUUCUAAAGGUAAUCUGAUGCUCGUAAACGAAUCCCAAAUUGAUAUUUGGACAACUGGUUUAAGCAUCACGGAUUCAAGAAGUUCUGCAUCUGCUGUGCUUCUUGAUGAUGGGAACUUGGUUUUAAGAAAAGCAUUCGGCUCCAAUUCUUCAUCUCCGGCACUAUAUUUAUGGGAAAAUUAUAAUAACCCUUCUCAUACAUGGAUGCCUGGUGCAAGAAUUGGGUAUAACAAGAUUACUAAAAAGAAACAAAUUCUUACAUCAUGGAGAAACUCAGAGGAUCCUGCUCCUGGAUUGUUCACACUCGAGGCGGAUCUAAAUAAGAGCCAAAAUGUUUUAAGGAGGAAUAAUAGUGAGCAGUAUUGGGCUAGUGGAGCUUGGGAUCGUGUGAUUUUUAGUGGAGUGCCCGAAAUGAGGGCGGCUCUUAAGUUUGGGUACAAUUUCACCUACGUUGACAAUGAGAAUGAGAGUUAUUACAUGUACACGAUUCGCGAUCCAACAAUUAUCUCAAGGCAGAUUCUGGAUGUGACGGGACAAGUGAAGCAGCUAAUGUGGAUAGGAAAUGACUGGAACGUGUACUGGUCUGCACCGAAGCAGUGUGAAGUUCCAGCUUAUUGUGGGGAGUUUGGUUGUGUGAGAGAGAAUGCUUUGGAGUGCGGGGAUGCUGAUAGGAGAAAAGAUGAGUUUAUGAUGAGUCCUGACAUGGGGUUGCCUCAGUACUCUCGACUGUUGAGUGUCGAGAGCAGAGGCGAAUGUGAAUCCGCCUGCUCAAGUGAUUGCUCUUGCACGGCUUAUGCAUAUGACGAAGGCAGAUGUUCGCUUUGGGAUGGAGGCAUAUUGAAUCUGCAAUGGGUUGGUGAAGGAAAUAGCAGUGGGAGGACUAUCUACAUUAGACUUUCUGCUUAUUCCUCGGUAUUCCGAGGCCAAAAGAGUGAUAAGGGUGUCAUAAUUGGUGCCGCAGUGGGUUGUUCCAUGGUUGCGUCGGUCAUGUUUGCAGUUUUGGCUGCACUGUGGAAGAGGCGGAGACAAAGAGCUGGGACAAAUAAAGUGGUGGAGGGUUCUUUGGUGGCCUUUAAAUACAGAGAUUUGCAGAAUGCAACUACGAAGUUCUCAGAUAAGUUGGGUGGAGGGGGUUUUGGAUCGGUUUAUAGAGGAGCUUUACCUAAUUCGACCGUUGUGGCUGUGAAGAAACUCGAGAGCGCUAACCAAGGCGAAAAGCAGUUCAGGGCAGAAGUAGGCACCAUUGGCACAAUCCAACAUGUGAAUCUUGUUAGGCUUCUUGGAUUAUGUUGUGAAGGCGAGAAGCAGUUGUUAGUCUAUGAGUACCUGCAAAAUGGUUCCUUAGAUUUGCAUCUAUUCAAAGCCGAUGAGUCUAAGGUUUUGGGAUGGAGUACGAGGUAUCAGAUCGCACUAGGAAUAGCAAGAGGGCUAUUGUACCUCCAUGAGAAGUGCAGGGACUGCAUCAUUCACUGUGAUAUAAAGCCGGAGAACAUUCUUCUUGAUGCUGACUUCUGUCCCAAGGUGGGAGAUUUCGGCUUGGCAAAGCUCAUUGGUCGUGAUUUUAGCCGGGUUCUGACAACAAUGCGAGGAACUAGAGGUUACCUUGCACCUGAGUGGUUAUCAGGAGUUGCCAUCACAACUAAAGCAGAUGUAUACAGCUACGGGAUGUUGCUAUUUGAGCUUGUAUCAGGAAGGCGAAACACACAGCUUUCAGCUGAUAAUAAUGCUACCUUCUUCCCUUCAUUGGCUGCAAGUGUGACGAUAAACGGAAGUGACAUAUCUGGUCUUCUAGACCCUUCGCUGAAUGGAGAUGCUGAUGAAGAAGAGGUGUCGAAAAUAUGCAAAGUCGCUUGCUGGUGCGUUCAGGAUGAUGAACACAUGAGACCUUCAACGAGUCAGGUUGUGCAGAUUCUUGAGGGAGUUGUGGCUGUGAGCACACCUCCGAUUCCACAGGGUUUCAAAGUCCUAUUAGCUGCAAAACCAGAACACAUAGUCUUCUUCACUGAUUCCUCAACAACAGCAAACUAGUUCUGUAGAUAAAAUAGUUCAAUUUUUCAAUGUUUUCAUAGUACUUUCAGUAUGUCAA